UACGUAAGAAAAUUCGUUGGAUAAAGGCCCCUUUUUGGAAAGGCCCCUUUGGCAAAUUGGCAAAUGUUAUUUCAUGUUAUUAGUUAACAAAUUUUUCAGUAACGGUAACCGGUAACGUACGUGCAAAGGAGUAAACUAUAAUUAUUGGAGGAUAAAAUUGUGUGGUAAAAUGAUGAAAAUGUCAAAAUCAUUAUUAUUUUGCUUGGUUGUCUGCUGCGGACUCUAUAAUUUAUCCGAUGGAGCUACAAUCCCGUCAAUGCUUACCAAUGUCGUUAAAGACGUUGGAUCUUCUGGCAUGACUUUAUUAUCAACCGUCGAUGACAUUCUCGGUUGUAGCUCAAAGGAUUCAGAUAAUAUACCAUCUCCUACAGAAAUUGCAACUAAUCCUAUACAAUCUUUAACACAAUCUCUUUGUUUUAUUCUCAAAAGGGUCAGUGAUCUAACCAAAUCUACAAAUGAUUUGAUGGAAAAUCCCGUUUCAACAUUGUUACAAACUUUAUUUCCACCGAUAAUGGCGGUAUUGAAAAGUGUGCAUGAUAGUAAUAUUGUUCCAGAACCAUUGAAUCUUUGGCUUCAGACUAUCUUAAAUCUAUACGAUAUCAAUCGUUUACUUAUGAAUGCUAUAUAAAAUCUUAUUGUUAAUUAAUAUUUCUCUCUUUUUUUUUUCUCUUUAUUUAUAUAAAUAUAUUUAUAUAUAUAUUUUUUUUUGUUUUGGUAUCCUAUAAAAUAUAAGGAAAAUAUGAUUGUACGUAAAAAUUUGAUCUUGAGAGAGAGAGAGAGAGAGAGGGAGAUUUAACACGAUUAUUGUUUUAUGCACAUCUUUCUUGAAUUUGCUUUUAAAAAUAAAUCUUUGAGCAAAGUUUAAUGCACAUGC